ACCUAUACAUACAUGAUGUACAUCCCACAUUGUAUCUAUCUCUCUGUCUCUGACUCUGUCUCAUCUCUUCUCCGUUGAAUUUCCAAUCCGUACCUAAAUUCUCUUCCUCCUUUCCCCUCUUUCUUUUCCUACACUCAUUUUCUUUUGUCACUUUUAUUUUACCCUUUUAUAUUGUGUUUGCUGAAAAUGCUGCAAGCUUGUGUUUUUCACAUAUGAAAAACAGUAGUGGCAGCAAGCAACACAGCAAAGCUACCCAUCUGUUACAAAACCGGGUUGCUCAAGAAAAGAAUCAUUUCAUUCACUAUACCCUCUAAAAGAAACAACUUUCUUUAGUUUCAAUCUUAUUUUAAUAAGCUUUCUUAUAUUUAGCUUCAUGCUUUGUAUAUGAAUCUAUGUUCUUGGUGAGCAUGGAAGAGGCAGAGAAGGGUGGUUUGUGAAGUGGGGUUUCUCAUAUUUUGAAGGUUCAGGUGUUGAGUGAGUGAGUGAGUGAGUGAAGGGUUCAAUGGAUACUAAAGGAAGACUAGUUGCUGGCUCUCAUAACAGGAAUGAGUUUGUUCUUAUCAAUGCUGAUGAGACUGCAAGAGUGAGUGGCCUCUAUCUAGUGACUGCAGUUACAGAAUUAAGUGGACAGAUUUGUCAGAUCUGUGGGGAUGAGUUGGAGGUUACAGUGGAUGGGGAGCCAUUUGUUGCUUGUAAUGAAUGUGCUUUCCCUGUGUGCAGACCUUGUUAUGAGUAUGAAAGAAGAGAGGGUAACCAAGUUUGUCCUCAGUGCAAAACCAGAUACAAGCGCAUCAAAGGUGAAGCUUCAAACAAAUUUUGCUUUGGUGUUUGUAUUGUCAUAACCUGUUGGUGGAUUUGGCUAACACUGCGACUGAUAUCAGGUAGUGCUAGAGUCGAGGGUGAUGAAGAAGAGGAUGAUACUGAUGAUUUGGAAAGUGAGUUUGAUAUUGCAAGCAAUAUUAGGAGAGAUCCUCAUCACAUUGCUGUGGCCAUGCUCUCUGCUCGCCUUAAUAUCGGCCGUGGUUCGCAGGUGAAUGGUUCGGGGAUCAACACACCAUCAGAGUUUGAUGCAGCUUCUGUAGCUGCUGAUAUUCCUCUCCUGACAUAUGGUGAAGAGGUUAGUUCAUUUUCAGCAGCACUUGAUGUCGGCAUUGCUGCUGAUAAACAUGCUCUCAUUGUUCCUCCAUUCAUGGCUCGAGGGAAACGGGUUCAUCCUAUGCCUUUUCCUGAUUCAUCUGUACCUGUUCAACCCCGACCUAUGGACCCUAAAAAAGAUAUAGCAGUUUAUGGAUAUGGAAGCGUUGCAUGGAAGGAACGGAUGGAGGAUUGGAAGAAAAAGCAAAGUGAUAAACUUCAGGUGGUUAAGCAUGAAGGGAAGGAUUGUGAUGAGCUGGAUGAUCCAGACUUACCAAAAAUGGAUGAAGGCAGGCAGCCACUUUGGAGAAAGUUGCCAAUUAGUUCAAGCAGGAUAAAUCCAUACAGAAUUGUAAUUGUACUCCGGAUUGCUAUUCUUGGCCUCUUUUUCCAUUAUAGAAUUCUCCAUCCAGUCAAUGAUGCAUAUGCCUUGUGGCUGACAUCAGUAAUAUGUGAAAUCUGGUUUGCUGUAUCAUGGAUUUUGGAUCAGUUCCCAAAAUGGUGCCCAAUUGAAAGAGAAACAUACCUUGAUCGUUUAUCACUGAGGUAUGAGAAAGAAGGAAAGCCAUCUGAAUUAGCUGAUAUAGACGUAUUUGUUAGUACAGUGGAUCCUAUGAAAGAACCUCCACUUAUAACUGCAAACACUGUUCUGUCCAUCCUUGCUGUGGAUUAUCCAGUGGACAAGGUUGCAUGCUAUGUCUCUGAUGAUGGUGCUGCUAUGCUUACAUUUGAAGCACUCUCUGAGACAUCUGAGUUUGCAAGGAAAUGGGUACCAUUCUGCAAGAAGUUCAGCAUCGAACCUCGGGCUCCCGAAUGGUAUUUUGCUCAGAAGGUUGACUAUCUGAAAGAUAAAGUGGAUGCAGCAUUUAUCAGAGAACGUCGUGCUAUUAAGAGGGAGUAUGAAGAGUUCAAAGUGCGGAUUAAUGCAUUGGUUGCAAUGGCACAGAAGGUUCCUGAGGAUGGUUGGACAAUGCAGGAUGGUACUCCAUGGCCUGGGAACAACGUCAGAGAUCAUCCCGGAAUGAUACAAGUUUUUCUUGGUCAAAAUGGUGUUCGUGAUAUUGAAGGAAAUGAAUUACCUCGUCUUGUCUAUGUGUCCCGUGAGAAAAGACCUGGAUAUGAGCACCACAAAAAAGCUGGAGCUAUGAAUGCUUUGGUGCGAGUCUCGGCAAUAAUCACAAAUGCUCCUUACCUACUGAAUGUUGAUUGUGAUCACUACAUAAACAACAGUAAGGCCCUACGUGAAGCCAUGUGCUUCAUGAUGGAUCCUACAUCAGGGAAAAAGAUAUGCUAUGUACAAUUUCCUCAAAGAUUUGAUGGGAUUGAUCGUCAUGAUAGAUACUCGAACCGAAAUGUUGUAUUCUUUGAUAUCAAUAUGAAAGGUUUAGAUGGCAUCCAAGGACCAAUAUACGUAGGAACUGGGUGUGUCUUCAGGAGGCAGGCACUUUAUGGAUAUGAUGCCCCUACUACAAAGAAACCACCUGGGAAGACAUGUAACUGUUGGCCUAAAUGGUGCUGCUGUCUGUGUUGUGGAUCUAGGAAGAAAAAGACUAAAGCAAAGUCUAGUGUGAGAAAGAAGAUAAAGAACAAGGAUGGUGGAAAGGAAAUGCAUGCACUAGAAAAUAUUGAAGAGGAAAUUGAAGGAAUUGACAAUGAGAAGUCAUCAGCAAUGUCUCAACUAAAGUUUGAGAAAAAAUUUGGGCAAUCAUCUGUUUUCAUAGCGUCAACACUUAUGGAAGAUGGGGGUAUUCCCAAAGCAGCAUCUUCUGCAACACUCUUGAAAGAAUCCAUCCAUGUAAUUAGUUGUGGUUAUGAAGAUAAGACAGAAUGGGGUAAAGAGGUUGGUUGGAUUUAUGGCUCUGUUACAGAAGAUAUUUUAACAGGUUUCAAGAUGCACUGUCACGGAUGGCGAUCUGUGUACUGCAUGCCAAAAAGACCUGCUUUUAAGGGUUCGGCUCCUAUAAAUCUCUCGGAUCGUCUGCAUCAAGUUCUUCGGUGGGCACUUGGAUCUGUUGAGAUCCUUUUGAGUAGGCAUUGUCCUAUAUGGUAUGGUUAUGGUUGUGGCUUGAAAUGGCUGGAACGGUUCUCUUACAUAAACUCAGUUGUUUAUCCUCUGACUUCAAUUCCCUUACUCGCCUACUGCACUUUGCCAGCCGUUUGUCUACUCACUGGGAAGUUCAUAGUCCCUGAGAUAAGCAAUUAUGCCAGUAUCAUUUUCAUGGGCCUCUUCAUAUCUAUAGCUGCCACUAGCAUACUGGAAAUGCAAUGGGGAGGUGUUGGUAUACAUGACUGGUGGAGGAAUGAGCAGUUCUGGGUCAUUGGUGGUGCCUCCUCGCAUCUGUUUGCUCUCUUUCAGGGUCUGCUCAAAGUUCUGGCAGGAGUUAACACUAACUUCACUGUCACAUCCAAAGCUGCAGAUGAUGGAGAGUUUGCUGAACUCUACAUCUUUAAGUGGACAUCCUUGUUGAUCCCUCCUUUGACUCUGCUAAUCAUUAACAUUAUUGGAGUCGUUGUUGGUGUCUCAGAUGCUAUAAACAAUGGCUAUGAUUCAUGGGGUCCUUUGUUUGGUAAGCUAUUUUUUGCCCUUUGGGUCAUUGUCCAUCUUUACCCUUUCCUCAAGGGAGUAAUGGGAAAACAAGAAGGUGUUCCCACCAUCAUUUUGGUUUGGGCUAUUCUUCUCGCUUCAAUCUUCUCACUGCUGUGGGUGAGAAUCAACCCAUUUUUGUCCAAAAAUGACAUUGUGUUGGAAAUUUGUGGAUUGAAUUGUGACUAAGGUACAUAAAAUGGAAGGCAUGGUUUGAUGUUCUACACAUAUAAGGUCUACAACAUGCAUAAAUUUUUGGUCAAAGAGACAUCCCUUGAUGAAGUACUAGCUGUUGGUGAGAGCUACCACUGCAAAAAUGUUACUUGUGGGUGGUGUUUGUAGAUAUACAACAUUUGUUUUGAGAGUUUCAUUAUUCUUUUUAUACAUGUGCAUUAUCCAAAUCAGUUUGAAAUCCCAGAGGAGGUGAGAUGUAAUUUAUAAUUUCCUUUUGAAUAAGGCGUCUCAUAUUUGUAAUAAAAAGUGUUCUCAUGUGCUUGAAGUCCCCUACAAGUAGUGGGAUUUAUGGUUGGUUUUGUUACUAUUCCAUCAAGUUAAUAAAACUCUUCAGUGUAUAAUAUCUCCAAAUCUAUAGUAUAUAUGCAAAUAAUGCAAAAUGAGCACUUAGGAAAAUAUCACCAUCCAGGCCUCAAUUUUCUGAACCUGCUAUUCUAAAUUAAAUAUUUUCACUCUAUUUACUUGUCUGAUUGUGAAAAGCAUUUGCAAAAGUAUGUCACGAGAACCAAGUCUAGAAAAGCACUUCAAUCUCGUGAAAGCUGAAUAUCAUAUUGAUAAUGGCCACUGUUUGCAAGUUAUCCAUUUAAAUAACUGAAUAAGGCAUUGUGUGACAGAACAUGGC